AUGGAAUCACAUCCAUCCAAAAGCAACACAUACCAAAAUUGGGGGAUGGGUGUUAUCGCCGAUAGGCCCAAUUUUGGCCCCGUGCAAGCCUCCGAGUUCGGGGGAUCCGAGCACUACCCCGACUGGCGGUGGACCACCCGUUCCCAGCAGCUCUAUGGCCUCUGGGUCCAGCUCCUGGGGUGCCACUCGGGCCACGGACGAUCCGUAGGCUGGCGCGUCUCGGCACAACAAAUCACGAUGGAACAGGAUGAGAACAGUCUCCAAAGAAUGCGAAGGUCGAGGGAGAUUUCCUCCUUCAGCACUGUUGUGGAGGAGCUAACUCACAAGCACAGCUUGGACCCCGAUCACCUUACGCCAGGCGAGAAAGAUUCAAGCCUAACCAUCGAGGACAUGAGCGGAAAACUGGAAAUAAUGGAAAAUCUACAAUCGAACCUUCUCCCCUUAUUCAAAGGCCAGCUCACCCCGCUUCUGAACUCACUUGACUUAAUCGAUCCCAAGAAGAAUCCAGAACCAGAAAUCAACCCGACUGCAAAACUCUUGUCAAAUCUGGAUGAGACCUUGAAGAGCAUUGUAUCUUCCGUUGUCUCGCUCACUCUCAAAUCACCUCUACCGGACGAAAAAUAUGAUCAUGGCUUGGAGAACUUGAAGGUCUUUCGAUGCUCUCAUCUAAAAAGGAGUAUUCGGCUUUUGGUUGGAGUGGCUAUUUAUGAUAAGUUAUUCCGGCACCUUUCGAGCUUUAUCCAGCACUGCUCUAGGGUAUAUCUUGCGAACGAGGAUUCCAGGCUUUCGGACGAGGGGUCCAAUUUGAGAAGAGAACUCGAAGAGACCGUCCUUGUUUCCCACGGUGUGAUCAGAUGGAUAAUCGGGCUGUGCCAGGAAUCCGACUGGGCUAUGGUCCUAGGAGCUUGGCGCGUGGCAUCUUACUAUUUCGAUCAACUGCUAGUGUCGGUAUUGGCUAGCCAAACCCGUUUUAUGAUCCACUCGACAUCAGAAGCGGAUCCGAACGAAAAUCCAAACCUGGACGAAAGAAACGUUCUAUCAGAACUGAUGGCUGAAAUAUUAAAGUCAACUGUACCACUUGUCAAACUGGGAAGAAUCCUGAUCGUGAAAACCUCAGAAACAAUCCGGAGGAAAAGCUUAUCGGCAUUGCGACGCACAGAGCUUAAUUCGGAGACAAUGAAUCAGUUGGAAGAGACCCCUCAAUUAAUUCUUAAGCCUCUCAAGAACCUCUCCAACAUCUUACAACGGUCACCUCAAAGAUUCUCUGUCGACGAUCAAAAUGCCAUUCGAAAUUCAGUCCGCAAGCUCCCUGCAGAUAUGGAAUCCACUCUACGCGCUCUAGAUUCUCUCCUUAUUCCCUUUCUACCCCAAUCUGAAGAUGAAACACCCGCAUGUCACUUAAAGUCUUUUUUUCCAACCUUCGAACAAUCCUGGAAUAGGGCCAGCGAUAAUUUGAUGCAUGUUAUCUCAUCCUUUGAGGUUCAAGGUAUGGCCACUUGA